UGGAAUGGGCUGGGCAGGGAGGGGUGGAGUCCCUGUCCCUGGAGGUGUUGAAGGUGAGAGUGGAUGUGGCCUCAGUGCCAUGGUCUGGGAAGCACAGCAGGGUUGGAUCCAGGGCUGGACUUGAUGAUCUCGGAGGUCUUUUCCAACCCAGCUGAUUCUGUGAUUCUCUGAUUGCCAUUCCUGUGGCAGCACAUGCUUGAGGCUCCAUCCCCAGGGUGAGAGAGAUGUCUGUCCAUAUCUAUCUGCAAGGUUAGUCUGUAAAUGUGUGGUGUUAGCAAAGCAGGCUGAGUUGUGGGCUGGUUGUAGAAGGAGAAAGAAGCCCCCAGCCCAGUGCAAGCAGGCAGCCCUCAGCUUGCACCUGAUGUCCCCUCCCUGCAGGUUCCUGUCCUUGAGCCCAGGCCCUGAGGUGAGGCUGAGAAUAAGUGCAAGGCAGAGGUGCUGCUGAGGAAGGAGAGCCCCGUGGUGGGGAAGGCACAAAGCUGUGUGUGCCCAUCCCCGAGCAGGUGCUGUGUCCAUCCCCUGUGUGCCAGGAUUUGUCCUUCCCAAAGCUUGGGCAGAUGAAGGAGGCUGCGAGGAAGAGGAAGAUGCCUUGGGCCCCCCAGGCAGGCCCCGAGCUGAGGACGGAGAGCCCGGAGGACAAAUCCCCCCGGCAGAGCCUGGUGGGAGAGGCCGUUUUGAAGGGCUCCACGGCGCAGGAAGGCAGCGGGGAGGAAAAGGGCCGGAGAUCCCCCCGCAGGAGGGGCUCCAAAGCCAGCCCAGGGGGCUCUGAGGAGGAAAGAGCCAGCCUGUGCCGGGAAGGCGGCCGGAGCUUGAGCCAGAGCUCUGACCUGGUGGUCCCUGAGCAGCCUCCCAGCAGGGAGAAGCCCUUCAGGUGCUUGGAAUGUGGGAAGAGCUUCAGGAAGAGCACCCAACUCCUCACCCACCAGCACAUCCACACUGGGGAACGGCCCUACACAUGUAGGGAAUGUGGGAAGAGCUUCAGGGACACCUCCAACCUGAUCCGACACCAGCGCAUUCACAGUGGGGAACGGCCCUACACAUGUAGGGAAUGUGGGAAGAGCUUCAGGCAGAGCUCCAACCUGAUCCAACACCAGCACAUCCACACUGGGGAACGGCCCUACACGUGUAGGGAAUGUGGGAAGAGCUUCAGGGACAGCUCCACCCUGAUCCAACACCAGCGCAUUCACACUGGGGAACGGCCCUACACGUGUGGGGAGUGUGGUAAGAGCUUCAGGGACAGCUCCCACCUCCGCAGCCAUCCUCACAUCCACAGUGGGGAACGGCCCUACACAUGUGGGGAGUGUGGGAAGAGCUUCAGGGACAGCUCCACCCUGAUCCAACACCAGCGCAUCCACACUGGGGAACGGCCCUACACGUGUGGGGAGUGUGGGAAGAGGUUUCAGUGCAGUGGGAAUCUCCUCAGGCAUGAGCGGACGCACACGGAUGAGAGGCCCUUCCGCUGCACCGACUGCGGGAAGGGCUUUAAGCGGAACUCCACCCUCGUCACCCACCGGCGCAUCCACAGCGGGGAGAGGCCCUACAGCUCCAGCCCCCGCACCCACCAUCUUAUCCACACUGGGGAACGACCCUACAGGUGCUCGGAAUGUGGGAAGAGGUUUAAGACCAGCUCCAAUCUCCUCCUGCAUGAGCGAACGCACACGGAUGAGAGGCCCUUCCGCUGCACCGACUGCGGGAAGGGCUUUAAGCGGAACUGCAUCCUCAUCAUCCACCAGCGGACACACACGGAUGAGAGGCCCUUCCGCUGCACCGACUGCGGGAAGGGCUUUAACCGGAACUGCACCCUCGUCAGGCAUCGGCGCAUCCACACCGGCGAGAGGCCCUACAAGUGUGGGGAGUGUGGGAAGAGCUUCACCCAGAGCGGUAACUUGACCUCACACCAACGGACCCACCAGUAAGGGGAACCCUGCGAGUGCCCCGACUGCGGGAAGAGCUUCGGCCGCUGCUUCCACCCCGAAUGAACCCCCUGAUGGGGAGGCAACCCCUGGAGUGCAGUGACUGUCAGUCCAUCCCUUUCGACCACAAAGGGCCAGUCCCCUUUCCCAGGGGCAGCUUCUUCCAACAGAACCCUUCCUGGGGUGUGUGGAGAUUCCUGCCAUGGCUGGGGACGCCCCAAGGUCACUGCUGGAGGUUGAGAGCAGAGAUCUCCUCAUGAGCGUUGGUCUGGGGGAGUUCCAUCCAUCUCUAAUUAAGAAUUAUUGCUUUUGUGCCAGUUUGAGUAGAAUGGCUUCAACAAUUGCUUUAGUGUAGAGCACUGUCCUGUCUUAUCCUGUACUCCUGGUAGUUUUAGUGUUUGUAUUGUGCAGUAAAUAAUUCUGAUGAA